AUGGUGAGAGCUGGAAACUUUACGUUAACCCCGUGCAGUAGCUGUGGGAAUACGUCGGAAAUCGACGAAGGCAUGGUUGCCUGCGACAACUGUGAUAUGUGGUUUCAUUAUCGGUGUGUACGCGAAACUGAGGAAUCACUUCAACACCAAGAGAAAUGGUUUUGUCCGUCUGAGACCUGCAAAAAGACAGGUGAAGAGUACCUCAAAAAGGCAGACGAUGCCAGCAAAGGAGCCAAGCCGAAGAAAUUGCCCGUACCUGAUGAACAAUCGGACAAGUCUAGCACCAAGUCCGACCGUCAACCGAUUUCCACUCUGGAUAAAAAACUAAAAGCGUUGGAGAAGGAGCAAAAGACGAAAGAAAAGGAAAUAGAGAUGGAGCGAGUACUGAGGGAAAAGCGGAUGCAAAUGGACCGAACCCUGAAGGAAAAGCAACUGCAAAUGGAAAACGAGUUGAGAGACAAGGAAAUGCUGCAGGAGAAGGAAUUAUUGGAAAAGGCGCUGCGAGACCAGCAAGCUCAUGCUGAUCGUAUGCAAAAGAUGCGGGAUACGUAUAAAAAUGCAAUGAUAGACGUUGCGAGCAAUGCUGACGCGCGUCAUCAAAAUAAAAAGGCGCAGAAUGAACCGAAUGUCGAUAAGAGCAUGUCAGCAUUGGAGAAGGAAAAUACCACUACACCGUUGCGCAAUCCGAGAGUCACAGUACACAAUGUAUCGGAAAAGCGACAAACAGCUGGCGUAAGAAAACGACGUGAAAUCGCGGAAUCAGAAAGUUCGGAGGAUGAGUACGGUUCCACUGGAGAAAGCAGCGACGAUGAUAGCGAUGAUGAAGAGGUCGAAAGCGUUAAUUCGACACCCGAUUCGGAAAGCGACGAAGAGUUGAAAUCGUCGGAAGAAAGUUCAAAAUUGCGGAAGAAGAAGUUAGCCUCAAACGGGCUGGGGUUAAAUCCUACUAGGCCGACCAAAGCUCAGUUGUCUGCGCGUAGCGGAAUCACGAAAAAACUUCCCAUUUUUACGGGAAAGCCUGAAGAGUGGCCUUUGUUCAUUGGCAGCUACGAGGCCUCUACCAAAGCUUGUGGGUUCAACGACGUGGAAAAUUUAGUCCGCUUGCAGGAGAGCCUGAAAGGCUCUGCCUUGGAAAGCGUUCGUGGACAACUGUUGUUGCCUAAGUCGGUGCCAAAAGUAAUUAGCAAAUUGCGUUUACUCUAUGGCCGUCCGGAGCAGCUGUUGCAUUGUCAUCUCGAGAAGGUGAAAAGAUUGGAGUCCCCAAAAGCUGAAAAGCUAGAAACAUUUAUCCCAUUCGGGAAUGCGGUGGAACAGUUAUGUGACCACCUGGAAGCAGCAGGGCUGAACCAACAUUUAAUUAAUCCGCUUCUAAUUCAGGAUUUGGUGGACAAGCUGCCGGCUAGAGACAAGCGAGAGUGGGUGCGUUUCCGCAACAAACGAAAAAUUCAAACGUUAAGAACGUUUUCGGAUUUUCUAGCCAAAAUCGUGCUAGAAGCGUGUGAAGCCAACGUAGCCGUCGAGUAUGUGCCAGCAUCCAGUAACAAAUAUAGGGGUGCCAGAAAAGAAAGGUCCAAGGAAAGGGGAGCGGUGUUCAACCAUAGUUACGCUGAAAAUCCGACGAAUAACCAGAUAUCUAGCGCAAAACCGUGUAAAGUCUGCAAAAGAACGGAUCACCGUCUUAGAUUCUGUCAAGACUUUAAAGCACUAGCCUUCGCCGAUCGCAUGAAGAUUGUCGAAAGAUGCAAGCUGUGCAAAAUUUGCCUUAACGAACAUGGUAACGCUCCAUGUAAAUUUAAAAUAAAAUGCAACGUUGGGGAAUGCCGACAGCGCCAUCAUCCGCUGCUACACUCAGCUAAUAACGAAGUUGUCAUCAAUACACAUAUACGAUCGUCGGGAUCAAUUUUAUUUCGAAUCAUUCCAGUGACUCUGCAUUGCGGAGAAAAGAGCGUAAAAACGCUAGCGUUUCUCGACGAAGGUGCCUCUAUCACCCUGGUAGAGCGCUCGAUAACUGACCAACUAGGUGCUGAAGGAGUCAAGCAACCGUUGACUAUAAAAUGGACUGCUGAUGUCACGAGAACUGAACCUGAUUCUAGAAAGCUGAACCUGUGGACCUCCGCUCCGGGAAUGAAUGGGAAAAUAUUGCUCAAAUCUGUACAAACCGUCGCAAAACUUCUGCUGCCAAAACAGGCACUCAACGUCGACGAAGUGACUACUAAAUAUAACCAUCUCUGCGACCUGCCUAUCGCAUCGUAUACUGACAGUCAUCCUGGCUUGCUCAUCGGUCUGAACAACCUACAUGCAAUUGCUCCAAUAGAAGCUAGGAUUCGGGAUGUAGGAGAGCCAAUAGCUGUUCGGUCGAAGUUGGGGUGGUCUGUUUACGGUCCAUUGCCCAACGGAACAAGUAGUGAAAACACCAUUGGGCACCAUGGUGAAGUGAGCAACGAGGAUAUAUACAAUCUGUUAAAAACCCAAUAUAGGCUGGAGGAACCUAUGGCGGCUGUAAUUCAAGAAACGAAAGAUGAGAAGAGAGCCAGGGAAAUUCUACAGCGCACUACAGUACGAAUUGGUGAUCGAUUUGAGACCGGUUUAUUGUGGCGUACCGAUGAUCCUGUGUUUCCUGAUAGUCUUCCGAUGGCCCGUCGAAGGCUAAGGCAGUUAGAACAGCGCUUGGUAAAGUGUCCGGAGCUUUAUGAGAAGUUUCGACAACAAAUAGACGGAUAUCUGCAGAAGGGAUACGCUCACCUGGCGACGUCGAAAGAAUUAGCGGAAACCGAUCAUCGGAAGCGGUGGUAUCUUCCACUCAACGCAGUUGUAAAACCGAAGAAGCCUGGAAGUAUACGUCUCGUGUGGGAUGCCGCAGCUACGGUGAACGGGGUGUCCCUCAACAGCCAGCUACUCAAAGGGCCUGACAUGCUGACACCGUUAACAUCAGUAAUCAGUCUUUUCCGUGAGCGUCGCAUAGCGUUCGGGGCAGAUAUACGCGAGAUGUAUCACCAGCUGAAAAUACGCGAGGCUGACAAGCAAUCACAACGAUUUCUGUUUAGGAAAAACCCACAGGAUGAACCGAGUGUGUACAUCAUGGAUGUUGCCACGUUUGGGUCGACCAGUUCUCCAUGUUCGGCCCAAUACGUCAAAAAUCUUAAUGCAUCAGAGUUCUCAGCAGAAUAUCCGGAGGCAGCGUCAGCAAUCAUCAACAAACACUACGUUGACGACUAUUUUGAUAGUGUAGAUACGAUUGAAGAUGCAGUACGUCGAGCAAAAGAGGUAAAAUAUAUACAUUCGAAAGCAGGCUUUGAGAUUAGAAAUUGGGUCUCGAACUCUGCGGAAGUGCUCCGUUCCUUAGGUGAAAAUGAUCAGGCUCCAGCUAUCCAUUUUAACGUCGACAAGUCUACAGAAAAUGAACGGGUUCUUGGAAUUAUAUGGAACCCACGGCAAGAUAAUUUCUCUUUCGCUACUGACCAUCGUCCCCAUCUUAAACCAUAUUUUGAUGGCAGUGAACGACCAACUAAACGACUGGUGCUAAGUUGCGUGAUGGGUUUUUUUGAUCCGCUGGGGCUUCUUGCUCCAUUUACCAUCCACGGGAAAAUGCUCAUCCAGGAUCUUUGGCGUGCAGGUUGUAGUUGGGAUGAAGAAGUGGAUGCUGAAUCGCUACAAAAAUGGGAACGCUGGACUAGUCUUUUGUCGCAAGUAGAGAACGUUCGUAUUCCACGAUGCUAUCUGGGCGAUCAUCAUUCCUCCAAUAUCGACUCUCUUCAACUGCACAUUUUUAUGGAUGCAAGCGAGCAGGCGUAUGGUUGCGUUGCCUACCUGAGGGUCGUAGUGAAUGAAAGGGUAACGUGUCGUCUGAUAAUGUCUCGUAAUAAAGUCGCUCCGUUGAAACGACAGUCGGUUCCACGGCUCGAGUUAAUGGCGGCAGUUUUAGGUUCCCGACUGUCGUGUACCGUCAAAGCCAACCACUCUCUUCCUAUUGGCAAACAGUUUCUCUGGACAGAUUCACAGACGGUACUUAGUUGGAUCCGCUCCGACCAAUUCAAAUUCAAACAGUUUGUGGCGUUUCGUAUUGGUGAAAUACGGGAAAAUACGAACGUCUCCGACUGGCGCUGGGUCCCAACGAAAUUAAACAUUGCCGAUGUAUUGACAAAGUGGGGACAGGGACCGCCGUUAGAAUCAAAUAGUCCCUGGUUCAAGGGACCAGAUUUUUUGUUGGAGCCCGAGACUCGAUGGCCGAUCAGAACGUUACCGGAUGUCGAUACCGAGGAAGAAAUGCGUGCCUGUUUACUAUAUCACGAUACAGUUCAUUCGUUUUCCGUGGUCAACGUCGAUUCAACGUAUCGUUGGGUUCGACUUCUUCGAAUCACGGCUAGUGUGCUCAGAUUUAUUGCAAACUGUCGUAGGAAGAAGGCGGGUCAACCAAUUGUAGUGUCCAUGGCGUCUCCGGCCCAGGAACGUCUGCUCAAAGCUAAGCCACAGUUCUAUCAGCAACCUCUUCAGCAGGACGAGUUACAUGCGGCAGAAACUAUCUUAUGGAGGCAGGCUCAACACGAUGUAUUCCCGGAGGAAGUGAGGACGCUCGAAAGAAACCGGGACAGAAAACCGGAACAAACUCCUGAUCGAAUUGUUAAAACCAGCCCCGUCUACAAGCUGUGUCCAAUUCUUGACACUGAAAAUGUUAUGCGCGUUGGUGGUAGAUUGCAGUAUGCGGACUGUGCUUCUUUCGACGUUAAACACCCCGUUAUACUGCCUAAAAAUCACGCGGUGACCGAUAAACUGAUUCUCUUUUACCAUGAAAAGCUCGGCCAUGGUAAUCGAGAGACAGUGUUCAAUGAACUGCGCCAGCGAUUCCACAUCCCCAAGCUGAGGUCGGCGAUAGCGAAGGUAGCGAAAUGUUGUAUGUGGUGUCGAGUUAACCGUUGUCAACCACAAGUACCUAUGAUGGCGCCUCUGCCUGUACAACGCGUGACGCCACGACUUCGCCCGUUCAGUUCGGUAGGCGUGGACUACCUGGGACCCGUGGAAGUAUCCGUAGGUCGGCGAUGUGAAAAAAGAUGGGUGGCGCUUUUCACCUGUUUAGUGGUGCGCGCAGUCCACCUUGAAGUAGUGCACAGUUUGACAACGCAAUCGUGCCAAAUGGCGAUCCGGCGGUUCAUGACCGACAGGGGAGUGCCGGAUGAAAUUUUCUCCGAUAAUGGCACAAAUUUCAAAGGAGCGAAAAAUGAAUGGGAGAAAAUGCAACGAGUCGAAUAUGAAUGCGCAGAAACCGUUACCAGUCCAACGAUGAAGUGGAACUUUAUUCCCCCAGGUACCCCGCACAUGGGCGGUAUUUGGGAACGCAUGGUGCGAUCGGUGAAGGAGAUAUUGCGGACGCUGGAAGACGGUCGAAAGUUGACGGACGAGGUCCUACUGACAUCGUUGUCUGAAGCAAAAGACAUGAUCAAUUCUCGUCCUUUGGUUUAUCUGCCUCAGGACUCGGAAAAAUCCGAGGCAAUUACACCAAAUCAUUUCCUUCGUGGUGCUGUAAAGGGGGCGGACCUGGUCGUGGACGGUUCUACGGACUUCGCAGAGGCUCUGCGGAACGCGUAUAAGCAAUCGCAGCAUUUGGCUGAUAAGAUGUGGGAGCGCUGGGUUAAAGAGUACUUGCCAACGUUGAAUAAACGACCAAAGUGGAUCGAAGACCGAAAACAAAUGGAGGUAGGAGAUUUGGUAUUUAUCGUCGAUGGAAAACACCGGAAGCAGUGGAUCCGGGGAAUCGUCGAACAAGUUUGUUUGAGCGGCGAUGGCAGAAUACGGCAGGUAGAAGUUCGAACGGCUAAAGGUGUUUUCAAGAGAGCUGUGGCUAAUUUAGCGGUUAUCGAGAUUUCUGGUAAAUCCGGCACUUCCGGUGAUGGACCGGAACCGAAGUUACGGGCUGGGGUGGUGAAACUCCUGUGCGUGGACCAACCGUACAAACUUACCCUGCUUCACGUAUGCAACGUUAAGCUGCAGAGGGGUAAGCCAACCCUGAUGAACUGUGACUUCACUUUCCUUAAGCCGCAGAAUGUUAUCAACUUGGCAUUUACGCUAAACUACAAGUAUACCCGAUGGCAACCGUUACUGAUCCAGACGGAUUUUGAAAUGUGCGAGUAUUUUGAAAAGGACUGGGGCAAGGGAAACAACCGAAUGGCAGACUAUGUGAUUCACGCCGUCACGUCGCAGGUGAACUGGAUUGAGCGAUGCCCGUAUUAUGUACGAUCAAUUCCGGGUGUAAUGUUACGUUAUGUGGAAGGUGAAUUACGAGUUAUUCUCUUUUUACUAAAGGGUCGCUACAAUAUCACCAAUUACGAGGCGAGGAUGAAUCUCCUACCGUCGUUUCUUCCGGCUGGCGAGUAUCGGGUCGAUUGGCGUUUGUACGAUGCAGAUAACAUCACGUUGAUUUCGAUUCAAGCGUUCGUGAACAUUAGAGCCAAAGGGAUAUUCGAUAUAUCGAUGGGCUGA